GGGGUGGGGUGGGUAUGCAAUACACUCCCUUCCUUCUAUGGCUUACCCCCCACGUGGACGGAGGAGACAGACCAACAACCACAACCCAACAACCAGCUGAACCACUUGGGAACUCAGCAAACCUCCCAGCGAACAUGGCUACCACGACUACCGGCGGAACCAGGGACUCUAACUUGCCCCCAGCUAGCUUGCCUCGUGACCAACAGCGUCAACUGGACCAACAUGGCGGGUCCAUCAGUGGCUCACAAGCUACCGAAAUCAGCUACCUCAAGAAACUCGUCUCCGACUUGUCGUUGAAGAUUGAAAACUUGGAAAAACAAGCUGGCUCGGUUGUUUCGGAAACCAUUAAACCAUCGCCGGCAGAACAACUUCGGCUCGUUUUAAUGGGACCACCCGGCUCUGGUAAAGGAACCCAAGCGCCCAGGAUCAAGGACAAAUACUGUGUGUGUCAUUUGGCGACUGGUGACAUGCUACGAGAUCAAGUGUCCAAGGGCACUCCUCUCGGCAAAGAGGCGAAGAAGAUCAUGGAUAGCGGGGGCUUAGUGAGUGAUGAGAUCAUGGUCAACAUGAUCAAAGACCAACUCGAGAGCAACAAAGAUUGUGCCAAAGGGUUCAUCUUGGACGGGUUCCCUCGAACGAUCGCUCAAGCUGAGAAAUUGGACGAGAUGUUGGCAAAUAAGAAGCAAAACUUGGACUUGGCUGCCGAACUGGUGAUCGAUGACAACCUCCUGGUUAGUCGAAUUACUGGCCGACUCAUCCAUCCAGCCAGUGGUCGAUCUUACCAUCGAGAGUUUGCUCCACCAAAGUCGCCGAUGAAAGAUGACAUCACUGGAGAACCGUUGAUCGCGCGCUCAGACGACAAUGCGGACACAUUACGAAAGCGGCUUCUAGGCUACCACAAACAGACCGACCUGGUGGCCCAAUACUACAAGAAACGCGGGAUCUGGGUCGGCGUGGAUGCCGCGCAAAGUCAGCUUACCGUCUGGAAUAGUCUCUUGGAUGCGUUCAAGAAUUGCCACGAGAAACAGAAACAACAAGGUGCUCGAAAAUAAAACUCACAUCCUUGUCACCGCCACCACCCGCUUCUUGUUCUCUCAUCUGUUUCUAGAAAUUUGAUAUGCUUAGUAUGAAUCUUAUCACAGCAAGAAUUUUGAGAGCUAAUUAAUAACAAUCAAAACAAAUCACAAUGAUCACUUAGCUUUUCAUGAUCAUCCUUUCUCUCUCUCUCUCUCUCUUUUCUCUCUUUUUCUUUCACUCUCUUUCCAUCCUUCUUCUGCUUAGAUAAUGAUGAGCAUAGCUGAUGAAUGACGAAAACAAAUAACCUGAAAAAUUAUACAAAACGUGUGGAUGGAGAUGUCAUUGAUUGCCCUGAUCAGGUGGUUGUGGACUCGCUUAUUUAGUAGGCAGUUUGAACGCAAUCAUCGGGUGCGUGGAGGUCAUAUCCCAAAUCAACCGGGCAGUCCACUUCUUCUCGCGUUUGAAUAAAGGAUCCACGUCAUGAUAUUAUCUAGGUUUGAAGCUCAUCAUAUUACAUAUUCUGAUUCUGGUUGUCGCAUCUAUAUACAACUGUCAUCUACAAGGCUGUAUCCCGUCUAUUACAUAUUGACACACGCCUCUCGUUGUUUUUAAGUGCCUCAAGAGGUGUGGCCUGUUAAGAUCUGGGAAGCCUGUGCCAUGUGUCCAGACACCUUGGUCCUUGUCAAAGAAACCCUUCUUUGAAUGGGUCGCUUUGUCUACUGGGGCGCCCUUGGGACUACAUAGUUAAGCUUUGCCCUGGCAGGUCAUUGGGAAUUGGAACAAAGAAAUUGUGCGGUUUGCUUUCAACUCUUGGAUGCUGUUUUUUUGGAGAAUACGUGAGAUAGAAUAUAUUAGGCCAGUUCAUG